UAAUAGAAAUAGCAGGUGGAUGUUCUUACAAGACUGCAGUUGCUGUUCUUUGCCUGGAGUUUCUGUGUAGUUGUUUCUUUGCUUGAAGACUUUGUAUUGAGAGUGUGAACUUGCUGCUCAAUCGCGUUCUCCUGACUGUGCUCGGUCUCGCCGCUCAAUUACACCUACUACAUCCAACAUGGCCGCCGAGCCCGCUGCCGCUGCCUCGCGCCGCGAACCCCCCGUGGCGAUUGUCGAGUACGUUGAGGAAGAAGAGGACGAUGAUUAUAAUCCCAUGCUGCUGCACGACCAGUCUACGCACGAGGAGGAAGAAGACGACUCAGCAAAGGCGUACGUGGGUUCUGCUGGCAUGAUCUCCAGUGUCACGAACCUGUCCAACACCAUCUUGGGUAUGCUUCAAUAACCUGCUUCUCUUUGGUUAUCUGCUAAUUGAUUGUAUAAAGGCGCGGGUCUGCUGGCUAUGCCGCACGCUUUGAGCAGUAACGGUAUUCUGUUAGGCUUCCUCGUCAUCCUCGUAUCUGGAUUCACAUCCGGCGCCGGCCUCUUUCUCCAAUACCGAUGUUCGCGCUACCUCACCCGCGGCACCGCCUCUUUCUUUGCCCUCGCGCAACAGACAUACCCGCAACUCGCGGUCCUGUUCGACACCGCGAUCGCAGUCAAAUGCUUCGGCGUCGGCGUCUCGUACUUGAUCAUCAUCGGCGACCUCAUGCCGCAGGUCAUUGUCGAUUUCUUCUACUCCGACGCGGCCGAGCUGCCGUACAACACCGCCGACUCGCGGCACUUUUGGGUGUCCUUCGCGAUGGUCGCCUUGAUCCCGCUCUGCUUCAUGCGCCGGCUCGACUCGCUCAAGUACACGUCGAUCAUCGCGCUCGUGUCGCUCGGGUACCUCACUUUGCUCGUGCUCGGCCACUGGAUGAUUGGCGACACGCUCGAGAGCCGCGGCGAGAUCUCGCUGACGCCAAAGUCGCUGACCUCGGUGCUUUCGUCUUUGCCGGUCGUUGUCUUUGGGUUCACCUGUCACCAAAACAUGUUCUCCGUCGUCAACGAGCUGCGCGAUAACCGCCAGGACUCGGUCCUGCGCAUCAUCCUCAGCUCGAUCGGCUCCGCGAUCGUGCUCUACUCGCUCGUCGGGUUUACGGGGUACCUCUCGUUCGGUGAUACCGUCAGCGGGAAUAUCAGCAACAUGUACGCGAGCUCGUUCGCCUCGGCCGUCGGCCGUCUUGCGAUCGUCAUCCUCGUCUUGUUUUCCUACCCGCUGCAGUGCCACCCGUGCCGCGCCUCCGUCGACCACAUCUUCACGCACUUCAUCCUCCCAACCGUAACCGGCACGCCCGCGCCCUCGGCGCUCUCGAGCCGGACGAGCAAUAAAGUCAUUCCGACCCGAAGAUUCAUCAUCACCACCGCGCUCAUCAUGCUUCUCUCGUACAUCAUCGCCAUGACGGUUACCUCGCUCGAGACCGUCCUCGCGUUCGUCGGCGCGACAGGGUCGACUUCGAUCUCGUUCAUCCUCCCGGGCUUGUUUGGAUAUAAACUCCUCGGCUCGCCGUACCACCUUCCUAUCCCCGAAACCACCUACGACGACGAGCAACUCCUCGACUCCGCCGCCGACGGCGUGCACCCUGCCGUGCACCUCCAGCAGCAGCGCGAACAAGUUCCCCGCGUGUCGUCCCCCGCGCCCGAGGACGAGGACCGCGAGAUGUUGCGGAGCGUGGAUGGCGAGGGGUAUUAUAUAAAGUACGGCAGCCUGUUGCUCGCGUGCUGGGGCAUUUUUAUCAUGGUGGCGUGUUUGUCGUCGAAUAUCUACUCGCUUUAUUACAUCGAGGAAGAGCAUCUUGGGCAUUAGUUCUCUUGUCUAUUAUUUCAUUCGAAAAGGGGGAGGGGGUGGCUGAAAAUGGGGGAGAGAGAGGGUGUGUUUGCUUGGGUUGCACUAUACUGGAGUUUUUCACGCCCACGAAAAUAAUUGUUGUAAUAAAAAAGUCUCUUGAGCAUGAGUG